AUGAGGCGAGACGAACCCGAACCCGAGAGGCGACUCUGCGGCGUCUGCGGCUCCUCCGAACGGUGGUUCCUCCAUUACAUCCGCUACAAAGGGGCGUUUCAGAGGCUCUGCACCAACUGCGUCCUCCAAAACUACCGCGGCCUCUACUGCCCUUUCUGUCUAGAAUUCUUCGACCCACCCCUUCCGGCACGUGACCGGGUCAUGUGCGUCAAGUGCCCUUCCGUUUCUCACCCCGCCUGCGUCCUCGUCGCCAAUUCCUCCUUCCAUGGCUUCGAGUGCCAGACCUGUCAACAGGGCUACCCCUUCUUCAACCUCAAUCGCCCACAAAACGACGCCAACAACCCCAAAACGGCAUUCGUCAUCGACAAGGCCAACGCCAAGGCCCUUGUCGCCGCUGCCAAAAUUGCUGCGGCUUCGAUGGCGAAAGCCGCCGUCGCGGCCAGGACGGAGGCCGAGCGCCGCGUCAGGGAGGCCGUGAUGGCGAAGAAGAAGGCGAGGGAGGCGUUGGAGAAACUCAAUUCUCUGGUUAACAAGCAGAAAGAGCAGGAUUCGAAAGCUGGAGACGUUGUUUCCGGGCCUAAGAGCCUCAACGGAAAGCCAAAACUGGAGAGUUCUGGUGGAAUUCCACCGGCGCCCAAGAUUGUUAAGGCUGAGGGAAGUAAUGGGUUGGGCAGUGAUCCAUUGAAAAUCGGUAAUGUUGACGCCAUGGAAGAGUGAUCUCAACUCAAAGGAAGGAUUUUGAGCUUGUUGAGUUCAUGGGUUUCAUUUCAGCUCCUCAGCUUCUGCUUGAGCUGCUACACAGCCUCUGUCAACCUGUGAGUCUCUCUGUUAGUUGCAGAUAGUUCUUUUUUUUUUUUUUUUUUGGUAAUUUAUGCGAGGGCAGCCUGGGAACCUUUUUGGGGGCAUCGUAGAUCAGAUCGUUGUUCUGUACUCAUAUUUACUUUUCCAUACAGUUUUGUGUAGCUGAAUUUUGAUGUUGUGACGAUUCUCUGGGCCUCUCUGUAUCUACAUUGUACUUCUUUUUCAUGAUCAGGAAUUGCAUUUUCCAAUUUCGAAUGUGAAAUUUCGUGGUUCAUUAA